UUAAAAACCAGAGUGUUUAAGGAAAAAUAGAGUUAAAAUGGAGACUUUUCCAUGCAAAAAGGCCUUCUAUAGAGAUGUUUUUGAAAAGAAUAUAGGAUUUGAUGAUAAAUGGGAAGCAGGAAAUGGAUUUGAGCCAAAAAACUUAUGUUCUAAGCACUCUGAAAUAUAUCAAGACAAUUGGUAUCCUAAAAUAAAGUAUGAAGAAACAAAGAUUAAAGCUCUAUCUGAAUCCAGUUCGCCGAUUGCAUUAACAGGGCGUAUUGUAAAUACUUAUGAAAUUAAGAAUCAAAAAAAUGUGGAAAAUACAUUGAUAUUGAUAUAUAUUAAGGAUGAAACGGAUGUUAUUGAGGUUAAAUAUUGGUUAAAUAAGAGAAAUGUUAAGGAAAUUCAUUAUAAUUUGAAAAUUGAUACAUUAUGUACAGUUUUUGUAACGAAAACAAGUGUAAAGAAGGAGGAUAUGUGUAUACUUAAGGAAGCAUCAACGGUUCCAUUUUAUGUUAUAGUUUCAGAUGAUAAUGAGAUAACUCAUCUUUCAAUUUUUAAGGAUCAGGAUAAAAUGUAUAAAAAACCAUUAAAAAUUCAAAAAGAUUCUAUAAUACAAGGUUUAAUGUCAUUAUCUACGUUUAUUAAUGGAGGAUAUAUGGCUAUUUCUAAACCAAAAGUAUUAGUAUCUAUUAGAAAGAUUGGAAACAUAAAAAACAUAAAUACGAAGAAUGGUUAUUUAGAUAUGAUUGAAUUGUGUGUUUUUGAUGAUACAUGUGAUGCUGUUUUGGUUAUAUGGGGAAAUAAUGCAAAAUCUGCAGAGUUAUGGACGCCUUUUGAUACAAUACUCCUUCUCACUGAUAUUUCUCUAUCAUUUCAUCAUGAAAAGGCAUAUCUUACUAUCCAGAAAUAUUCAAUGGUUGAAGUUAAUCCUGAUAUGGAUAUAGAAUGGCUUCGAAAAUAUUCUAUUUCUAUAAGUAAUAAGAUAUCAGAUAUCUAUAAAUUAUCUCUUGAGGAUAAAAUUGUCAAUACAUCAUCUACUAUGGAAACAUAUACUCUUGCUGAGAUUGAUACUAUGAUUCGUUUAAAUCCAAAGGAACCUAUUAUUGGUUUUAUUAAUGUUCUUAUCAUUAAGACGGCUAAUCUUUCAACACUUCGCUCUUCUAAUAAAAUUUUUGCGGGAAAAUGCUGUAAUAAAGUUGUCAAUGCUUUGGAUAAUAAUGUUAAAUGUUCUAUCUGCUUUCAAAAAAUAAAGCUAUUCAGUGAUUCAUUUAUAGUUAGACUUUUAGAUGAAUCAGCUCAGCUUUUAUACCCUAUGCUUUCUGCUACUGCUUUAAUUCAAUUGCUUGAAAAUUAUAAGGAACUUUUUAUGUAUUAUUUAAAAAAGAAAAACUAAUUAUUAUAGUUAAAUCUUUAUAAUUCCAGUAAUUCUGAACUUGAUGAUUUUUCAGACAUGAUUCUUUAUUCUAGAAUAUUAUUUCUCUUUGGAAUUGAAACAAAUGAUGAUACUCAGAAGAUUAUUUUAAUAAAAAUAGCAGAUAAUAUAAAAUAGUAUUUCAUAUUUUAAGUUAUUCUUUAAAG